AGAGAAGUGUUUGGGUUCCUGUGUGUCUGAUUCAGUCCUCGCUGCGCGCACGGAUCCCUGACAUGUGACUUUUCACCGGAGGACUACAGCUCGGUUCAGCGGGGUUUCUGCGGCUUGUCAUCCGGAGGAUGGGAGCGGAGAGGCGGGGAGAGGCUGCGGCCGUGCCGGCCUGCCGGGCUGCGGUGCUUCUCUGUGCCGUGGCUUCGGUUUUCGCAGUGGAAGAGACAGUGAUGGAUACAAGGACAGCGACAGCUGAGCUUGGCUGGAUAUCGUUUCCUGCCAAUGGGUGGGAGGAGGUGAGCGGCUAUGACGAGAACCUCAACACCAUCAGGACAUACCAGGUGUGCAACGUCUUCGAGCCCAGCCAGAAUAAUUGGCUCCUCACCACUUACAUAGACCGUCGGGCGGCACAGCGCAUCUAUGUGGAGAUUCGCUUCACUGUCCGUGACUGCGCUUCCAUCCCUAGUGUUCUGGGCUCCUGCAAAGAGACAUUUAACCUGUACUACCUGGAGACUGACAGGGCCGUGUCAGAGGGCAUCAAAGGGGUGGAGUACUGGGCCAACGCCCCAUUUCUGAAGGUGGACACCAUUGCAGCAGAUGAGAGUUUCUCCCAGGUUGAUUUUGGGGGAAGGCUGAUGAAGGUGAAUACAGAAAUUCGCAGUUUCGGCCCGUUAUCCAGAGGCAGAGGUUUCCACUUGGCUUUCCAGGAUCUGGGUGCUUGCAUGUCCCUUCUGGCUGUCAGAGUGUUCUACAAGAAAUGUCCCAGCAUUGUGCAGAAUUUUGCCUUUUUCCCAGAGACACUAACUGGAGCCGAGUCCACUUCAUUAGUCAUCGCCAGAGGAAACUGUAUCCCAAACGCAGAGGAAGUGGACGUACCCAUCAAGCUUUACUGUAACGGAGAUGGAGAGUGGAUGGUCCCCAUCGGCAGCUGCAGCUGCAAGGCGGGUUAUGAACCAGACAAUGGCAACGUGUGUAGAGCUUGUCCUCAGGGCACCUUUAAAGCCUUGCAGGGAGUUGGACUGUGCCAGCAGUGUCCGCUCAACAGCCGCUCCACCAUCGAGGCCGCCACCCUGUGCGCAUGUCGGAACGGCUAUUACCGCGGUGAUAUGGACAGUCCUGCGGAUGAGUGCACCAGCGUCCCCUCAGCUCCUCGUAAUGUGGUUUCGGUUGUCAACCAGACCUCAGUGCGGCUGGAGUGGCACCCACCGCGUGACACUGGGCACCGCCAUGACCUGUCCUACAACGUGUUAUGUCGCCGCUGUCACAGCAGUGAGUGGAGGGCAUGUCAGCCAUGCGACGAUGGCGUGAGAUACGUUCCGGGCAAACGAGGAUUAAAGGACACACAGGUGGAGAUCAGCAAGCUGCGAGCCCACACAUCGUACACCUUCGAGAUACAGGCUGUCAACGGAGUUUCCAACAGGAGCCCUUACCCCGCCCAGCAACUGUCAAUCAACAUUACAACCAAUCAAGCUGCUCCCUCAGUAGUUCCCAUAAUGCACCAAGUGAGCUCAACCAGCCGCAGUUUCUCGUUGUCAUGGCCACCACCUGAACAGCCCAAUGGAAUUAUCCUGGACUACGAGAUACGAUAUUAUGACAAGUCCCAGGCAACAGUGCUGAACAGUUCAAUGAUCCAGAGUGAAAAACCCAAUGUGGUUCUGGAAGGGCUGAGGCCUGGGACGGGCUACGCGGUCCAGGUGAGGGCCCGUACUGUGGCUGGCUACGGGGUCUACAGCAAAGAGAUGCUCUUCCAAACACUCACUGACGAUGAAUACAAGUCUGAGCUGGGCCAGCAGCUUUCCUUGAUUGCAGGCUCGUUAGUAGGUGGAGUGUGCAUCGUCUCGCUCGUAGCUAUCGCUGUUAUUUGUACCAGGAGAAGACAAUUGAAGGAGAGCGUAUAUGGUGACAAGCUGCAGCAGUACAAUGCAGGAGGAGAGGUCACGCUGAGACCUGACAUGUUCAGUGGCCCUGCCCCCACUGUGACCUUUCCAAGCCUGUCUGAGGGUCAUAGUUCACCAGGAGUCAAGAUCUACAUUGACCCCUUCACCUAUGAGGACCCCAACGAGGCUGUCCGAGAGUUUGCCAAAGAAAUCGACCCCUCCUGUGUCAAAAUAGAGGAAGUCAUUGGAUCAGGUGAGUUUGGAGAGGUGUACAAGGGCUGCCUGAAGCCUGUGGGGAAAAAAGAAAUCCUCGUGGCUAUCAAGACACUAAAAGUGGGCUACUCUGAAAGGCAGAGGAGAGACUUCCUGUCCGAGGCGUCAAUCAUGGGCCAGUUUGACCAGCCAAACAUCAUCAGACUGGAGGGCGUGGUCACCAAGAGCAGGCCCACGAUGAUCAUCACAGAGUUCAUGGAGAACGGCGCUCUUGAUUCUUUUCUCAGGCAGAAUGAUGGACAGUUCCCAGUGAUCCAGCUGGUUGGUAUGCUGAGGGGCAUUGCGUCUGGAAUGAGGUACCUGGCUGAGAUGAGUUAUGUUCACCGUGACCUGGCAGCCCGGAACAUCUUGGUCAACAGUAACUUGGUGUGUAAAGUGUCUGACUUCGGCUUAUCGCGAUAUUUGGAAGAAGACACCUCUGACCCCACCUACACCAGCUCACUGGGUGGUAAAAUCCCCGUGCGGUGGACGGCUCCCGAAGCUAUCGCCUACAGAAAGUUUACGUCAGCAUCAGAUGUCUGGAGUUAUGGGAUUGUCACCUGGGAAGUGAUGUCAUACGGCGAGAGGCCUUACUGGGAUAUGAGCAACCAGGACGUGAUUAAUGCCAUAGAGCAGGACUUCCGGCUGCCGGCGCCGAUGGACUGCCCAGUUGUUCUGCACCAGCUGAUGUUGGAUUGCUGGCAGAAAGACAGGAACGCACGGCCAAAGUUCCCCGAUAUUGUCAGCAUGUUGGACAAAAUGAUUCGCAACCCUGCAUCUCUUAAAGCCGGAACCAACAAUGUGGCUCCCGGUCCUUCCCAUCAUCCCUUGUUGGAUCGCGGUGCUCCGGACCUGAGCCGGGUGAACUCUGUGGAAGACUGGCUGGCUGCCCUGAAGAUGACCCAGUACAGAGACUCCUUCCUGGGUUCUGGUUUUACCUCUUUGCCCCUCAUCACACAAAUCACUGCUGAAGACCUGCAGAGGAUCGGAGUGUCUUUAGCCGGACACCAGAAGAAAAUCCUGACCAGUGUUCAGUCAAUGAGACACCACGUUGACGACCAGUCUCCAACUGAAUCCGUGUGACUGCCCAGCAUCGGCGAUGUGAAACAUUCUGAGCGGUGUCCAGUGAGCGAGGGAGCGAGCAGGCUGUUCGCUCAUCUCACCACAGUUUAGGAAAUA